AUGUUCCACCACGUGGUCUCGUCCAUGAACACGAGCAGGCCAUCCAUAUGGCGACACCCUGUUGCUGCGAGGGCGAGCCCAAUGUCCAGCUUCAUCCACAGAGGAUGGCCUGCGCUUUUUACGGCUUCGCAACCGGCGAGACAGCGCGUCCACGGCGUCUGUCCCAUUUUCAAGGCCGCAAAUGGUAUGCUCAACACCACAAUAACCCAGUCUUUGGUACCUACGUGGACUCCCAUGGGCAUUCGCAAGCUCGCCCACACCACGCAUCUCCCGAUCCCUCACGGGCCUAACGUGUCCAUGAAGAUGAAGAAGAGAGAGCUAAAGGAGGAGCUGCGUCGUCUGCGUGCCGAGUGGCGCCUAAAGCAGUCUCAAUCUGCUGUGGAUCGUGAGACCCAUAGUUUGGUUGCCAAGCAAGCAGAGAAUCAUACUCAAUCCGACACCAAGGGCGAAAGUGGUCAAUCUACGGAAGUGCAGGCACCUUCGGGGACACCAACGGAGAAGCUCGUGUCGAAAAAGGAGGUGCUGCUCAACGAAGUGCGCUGGUUACGUGAGCAGCUGCUUCAAAUCGAGGCCAACAAAGGCUCUGAAGUCAACGACACGGAAGGCAGCAGUCAAGAAGUGGCGGAUCGCCGUGAAGAAUCAUCGCCCGAUCUUGACUCUCCUGUUUUCGAGCAUCCCUCCUUGCACGGUUUACAAUUCGCAUACCUGCCUUUCAAAGCUCAGCAUUAUGUACUCACCGAGGCCCAGAGAAUCGCGGAGGAAAGCUGUUUCAACUUUGCCCAGACAUGGCUGCCGUCCUUUCUGCAACAAUAUGGCUGGGACUGUGCUUGCGCAGGGGAAAUGAACGCCUGGGCCAACUUCUUCAUAGCCCAUGCCGAAGAGGUCCCCAGGGCAGUAUUUCAACCCACUGAACUGCCGCUACCCGUCAUCCUGAACAAGACUAUCCUCUUACGCAACAUUGCUGUUCACCGAGUGCCGACGCCGGCGCCAGAGGUCGUGGAUCUCAUUGCGGCAGCACAUAUGCUGACAAUUACGCUGGGGGACAAGGAGCGCAUGGCACAGCUUGGGGAUUUGCGUGCGCUGCUAGACUGGAGUAUCGAGACCAUGACGAUGAACAAGACGGCCCUCAAAAGCUCCGUGGGACCGCAGCUGUACGAGAUUCAGCAACAGCGCGACGAACUAGCCAGACGGGAGCGCGAGAUUAUAGCCCGGCUCUGGGAGGAGGACGCUGCCCAAAGAGCCCACGUGGGUUCGAUGAUGGAACAGUCCAUCAUGAAGGCUCUGCGGAAGAACGUAUCUCCGGAAGAGCUGUAUUAUUGGACCAAGUUCUCGGAGGAUUGGUAG